AAUCAAAACGUAUCCCAUAUAAAUCUUUUCUCACCCUCAUUUCCCUCGCACACACUCUCAACUCCUACAACAUCUCUUCCCCCCCUUCCUCCUUCUUCGUCCCUUUCUUCUCCUUACCAGUUCCCUCGACACAGCCUGUGCGCCUGGGAUCGCUCAAGCAGUGUUCGUUGUUUCAAUCUGUCCUCUUUUCCCGCUGCUGGCUUUCGCUCCCGUCGCGGACAGCUUGCCACGCACAUUGCUCAAACAUGGCGCGGCAUAGUAGAUCAAGCAGCCUGGCCGCUUCGUCGCUGCUCAUUCCACUUUACUUGAUGCUGGUGCUCUGCGCCGGCUUGUUUGGCGCGCAAAGAGCGCAGGCAGAUGAUUCGAAAGAGGUUACCGGUCCUGUCAUUGGUAUAGAUCUUGGCACCACAUACUCGUGUGUGGGUGUAAUGAAAGACGGCCGUGUAGAAAUCAUUGCGAACGACCAGGGUAACCGAAUAACGCCUUCCUGGGUAGCUUUCACCGACGAGGAACGUCUGGUCGGCGACGCCGCAAAGAACCAGUUUGCCCAGAACCCGCACAACACUGUUUUCGAUAUCAAGCGUCUGAUCGGUCGCAAAUUCGACGACAAGGCCACUCAGAAGGACAUCAAGCACCUCCCGUUCAAGGUUAUCGACAAGAACAACCAGCCAUGGGUCAAGGUCAAGGAUGGCGGAAAAGAAAAGGAGUUCUCCCCAGAGCAGAUUUCUGCCAUGGUUUUGGGCAAGAUGAAGGAAAUCGCCGAGUCUUACCUGGGCGAAAAGGUCACCAACGCUGUCGUUACCGUCCCGGCAUACUUCAACGAUGCCCAGCGUGCCGCCACCAAGGAUGCAGGCACCAUUGCGGGUCUAAACGUUCUCCGUGUCGUCAACGAGCCCACCGCCGCCGCUCUCGCCUAUGGUCUUGACAAGACCGACAAGGAUGAGCGUCAGGUUCUUGUCUAUGAUCUUGGUGGUGGUACCUUUGAUGUUUCCAUCCUAACCAUCGAUCAAGGCGUUUUUGAGGUCUUGGCAACUGCUGGUGACACUCAUCUGGGUGGCGAGGACUUCGAUCAGCAAGUUCAGAACUACUUCGUUAAGAAGUACAACAAGGAACAUGGCGUUGAUGUGACCAAGGAUGCAAAGGCUAUGUCCAAGCUCAAGCGUGAGGUCGAGCGCGCUAAGCGCACUCUGUCCAGCCAGAAGACCACCAAGAUCGAGAUCGAGAGUUUCUUCCAGGGCAAAGACUUCUCUGAGACACUCACUCGUGCUAGGUUCGAGGAGCUCAACGACCACCUCUUCAAGAAGACCCUCAAGCCAGUUGAACAGACACUUAAGGAUGCCAAGCUCAAGAAGUCUGACAUCGACGACAUCGUUCUUAUUGGUGGUUCCACUCGAAUUCCUAAGAUUCAGUCCAUGCUCGAGGAAUAUUUUGGCAAGAAGGCUCGUAAGGACGUCAAUCCAGACGAAGCUGUCGCUUACGGAGCGGCCGUUCAAGGCGGUGUCCUUGCUGGUGAAGAUAAGACCUCUGGCGUCGUCCUCAUGGACGUCAACCCACUUACCCUUGGUAUUGAGACCACCGGCGGUGUCAUGACCCAACUCAUCAAGCGCGGCACCACCAUUCCAACCAAGAAGUCACAGAUCUUCUCGACUGCGGCCGACAACCAGCCUGUGGUAUUGAUUCAGGUCUAUGAGGGUGAACGUUCCCUGACCAAGGACAACAACUUGCUCGGCAAGUUCGAAUUGCAGGGUAUCCCACCAGCUCCUCGUGGCCAGCCUCAGAUCGAAGUUGUUUUUGAACUCGACGCAAACGGCAUUCUACGUGUGUCUGCCUCCGACAAGGGCACUGGCAAAUCCGAGUCCAUCACCAUCACCAAUGACAAGGGUCGUCUUAGCCAGGAGGACAUCGAACGCAUGGUUGCCGAAGCCGAACAGUACGCUGAGGAAGAUAAAGCCACGCGCGAGCGUAUCGAGGCGCGCAACUCGCUUGAAAAUUACGCUUUCAGCCUCAAAAACCAGGUCAACGACAAGGAAGGUCUUGGCGGCAAGAUUGACGAUGACGACAAGGAGACCCUUCUCGAAGCUGUCAAGGAGACCAUUGACUGGCUCGAGCGUGAGUCAUCGGAUGCCACAGCCGAGGACUUCCAGGAGCAGCGCGAGAAGCUGUCCGAAGUCGCGUAUCCGAUUACUAGCAAGCUCUAUAGCAGCGCUGGCGGUGCUGACGAGGACGCUGAUGUGCAUGACGAAUUGUAAAAUAGAUCAUAUUACAGAAGAUAAAGGCAAGGAUAGGAAAGGAAUGACGAUGGUUUUGCAUUUUUGGCAUGAAUCUUUUUGCUCAUGGGCAAAGAGGAGGCCUCAUGGCGGCGUUGUUCAUCUAAGUUAAGGAGUCUCCAACUUUUCUUUGUCUCUUUUUGCUUUUACAUCAACAUGAUGCCAUUGUACUGCCGCUACUAGUUACUAGCGCUCGUUUGCGAGGGCAUGCCUUUCAAGGAAAAGAGACGAGCGUGCGGCGUAGAGAUUUCAUAUGCCAAACACUAUGUUGUAUUUUGACA